AAAAAAAAAAAAUAAAAUAAAAAAGAAAAAAUAAAAAUCUACUAGUAGUACGAUAUUUUUGCACCUUUUUUUAGGUUUAGUGAGGUUUAGUUCUUAUCAUCUAAACAUAGAUUUGUCCUCUUUCUCUCUCAGAUUCCCUUUCAACCGCACUCCAUUCAUAUUUCUCUCUUCCAUUCAAGCAGCUUUUAAGUGGUUUGAAUCAAGAUGUAUAAUGGGAUAGGGUUACAGACGCCAAGGGGUUCUGGAACAAAUGGGUAUGUUCAAACCAACAAGUUUUUGAUUCGUGGGAAAACCUCGAAAGUGGUUGUGGAUGGAAACCUGGGGUUUGGCCCUGAUCAGGGUAUGGGUGGUAUUAGCAAGAAGGCCAACAAGGAGAUUUUGGAGCACGAUCGAAAGCGUCAAAUCGAGCUUAAGCUUGUGAUCUUGGAGGACAAGCUUAGUGAACAGGGUUACACUGAUGCUGAGAUUGCUGAGAAGUGUGAGGAGCUUCGGCAUAAGCUCGAAGCGGAGGCUUCUGCUAUGGCUGAGGAUGGUUAUGGCGGUGGCGCUAUUGUUUCCGAUAAGAAGGUAUCAGAUACAGAAACUCACCAAAUUGCAGCUAGGAAAGAGAAGCAAAUGGAAAAAUUAAGAGCAGCUCUUGGGAUUGAGGAUAAACCUGCUGAUUUAGAUAUUGAUGACAGCAACGAAAGGGAAGAGGGUGAAAUUUUGCAUGAUGACGAGUUUGUGAAGACUGAGAAGAAUUAUCAAGAUGAUGAUGGAAUUAAGAAUCAAGAGGGGAAACCUAAAAAGAAUGAAAACAGGAAAAGGCAUGGCAGUGAGUCUUCUGAUCCAGAAAGUACAGAUAACAGCAGUGAUUCGGAAACUGAUUAUGAUCGGAAAACAAAGAGAAAGCAAACAUCUACCAGGAAGUCCAAGAAAAAUGUCUCUGACGAUAGUGACUCUGAUUCUGAUAGGGAUCAGUCUUACAGAGGGCGAACAAAGGAUGGAGACAGAUAUGCUAGAGUGUCAAAAAGGCGUGAUUCGAGCAGUGACUCUGAUGAUAGCAGUAGGUCUCCUGUUCACAAAACCAUGAAAUCUGAGCAACAUUUGCCAAAAAAUAGACAUAAUUCUGGCAAUGAGCUUACUGAUACUUAUAAGAAGAGAGCUGCAUCUGAUAGAGAGUUGAACAGGGGCAAGAGACAUGAUUUAGAUAGGGAUGAUAAAGGCAGGAGACAUGAGGAUGAUUACUAUAAGAGCUCUGAUGAUUCUGGUCAUGGUACAAAGGCACUAGAACCUGAAAGAAGUAAAAAAAGUAGGAGGUAUGAUCCCGAUGAAGAUGCUGUUGAUUCAGGUCAAGAAGAAAUAAAGGAUAAGAGUCGUAGAAGAGGAAGGCACGAUUCUGAGGAUGAUGAUUCUGAUGUUGAAACAGAAGAAAUUGAAAAUGUGAACAAUAAAGAGAAGCAAUCAAGGUAUCUAAGAAGCCAAACUGACUCAAUGAUGAAAGGAAGUUUGAAGGAGCCUGGUAAUCAUGCAGAACGAAGUAAGCAUGAGCGCGGUGACAGCAAGAGGACGAAUAAGAGGUUUGAAGAUGAACAAAUUUAUAGGAAGCACGAGAGACACGAGGCAGAAGAUGGAAUUAGGAAGCGUGAUAAGAGAUCAGAAGGUGAGCAUGUUAGUAGUAGAAGACAUGACGUUAGGGAGGAAGACUUGCAGGGAGGCAGAAAGCAUUCAAAGAAGGAAAAUAUUGACCUAGAUAGGAGAAAGUGGGAGAAGAUGGAAGAUGAUCCUGAAAGGAGAAAGUCAGAUGGGGACAAAGAUGACUACAAUCGGAGAAAGAUAGAAAGGGAGGAAAUUGAUGUGCAUGAAAUAAGAGAGGAGGACGAGUCACUAAAGAGAAAGCUGGAAAGGAGGAAGGAUGAUGAGGAGGAAAAGGAGGCGGAUGAAUAUAGAAGUAAAAAGCAUAGCAGACGAGAUGAAGAUGAACAGUUUGGAAGAAAACGGGAAAGUAGGGAAGAUGAUGGGAAGUUAGGGAGGAAUCUGGAGAAGAGAGAGGAAGAUGAGCGUGCUAGCAGAAAGUUAGAAAAGGAGGUGGAUGAAUACAGAAGUAAAAGACGUGAAAGAGAGGAGAGUGAGCUGGGAAGAAGAAAGAGGGAAAGUAGGGAAGAAGAUGGGAAGCUAGGAAGGAGUUUGGAGAGGAGGGAGGAAGAUGAUCAUGCUAGCAGAAAGCAUGGGAGAGGGGAAGAAGAACAGGAAAGCAGUAAGCGGGAGAGGCAGGAUGAAGACCAUGGAGGUAAAUAUCGGGAAAAAAGAGAUCAAGAGCAAAAGAGUAGAUAUGAAAGGAAGGAGCAUGAUAGGUAUGAACGCAAAGGCAGGGAGAGGCUGGAUGACGAAGAUCGCAGAAAGAAAAGGCAUGAAAAGGAAGAAGAUUCUCCAAGGAAGCAUGAGUCAAACCGACGUGAUGAUGGUCAUAGGAGGCGUUGAUUUUGCUGGAGCUGUCCUUGUCUUGGCAGGAGGAACAGUACAACAUGCUGGAAGCUUGUAGAUCUGCUGGUGGUUUUUUUUUUUUUUUUUUUUUAAUUUUUUUUUUAUGCAAUUUUAAUGUUUAACAGAUACAUCCAGAAUCUUGCACGCUUAAUGUUGUUAUGCUCUCUUUCACUUCUUUUUUUUUUUUUUUUUUGGUUGUAAGAUCAUCCUUUCAGGCUAUUUGUAUAUGUUGCCUACUUUUGUAAUGCUUAUUUUGAGCUCUGGCAAUUUGUUGAUGGCUAAGACAUCUGCUGUACUGGUUUAUCCAACAACUUUUGCUUUACAUUUUGAGCAGAUUUUUUUGUAUUA